AUGAUGGGCUCUGGUAUUGAGAAUGCUGAUUUGACUUUUAUGAGUCAAAAUUGUCUUGGAAAAUUCCUUAAUAUGCCUCCUAAUCCUUCUUUGGUGAAUCGCGUUCCUUCGUUUGUCCCAAUCUCUUUAAUCUCCCAAAAUUCAUUGAUCUCUCAGAUUCCAUUAGGCACAAUCUCUUCGAUCACCCAAAAUUCAUCUAUCUCUCAGAUUCCCUCAAUCACCCAAAUUUCUUUGAAUUCAGUGCAUGUUGAUCAAGAUGUGAAGUCUUUGAUGGCAAACUCAAAUCCUGUAUCUGUGAAUUUGAUGCAAACUGAUCUGGAUUCUUCUCCUGUUCCUUUUGCUACCGUGAUUCAUCUUGCGAAGGGGGUGGUGUUUAAUAAUGGCCAACUAGGCAUGUAUUGGUCUGCUGCUGAGACUCAAGAACUUGCGAAGGGUUUUCAGCAAACCCUAAUUGGGAAGUGUGCUUAUGGGCAUGAGAUUAUUGAAUGCAGGAAGAGGAAGAAGGGGGAAGAUAGAAAUGACAUUGAUCGUGGUGCAAGUUCUGAGGAAGGUAGGAGGAAAGAGUUGGUGGAAAAUGAGAAAAAUCAUAAGGAAAAUAAGAAGAAGAAUUUUGAGUGGAAGGAAGUAAAAGGGAGUGUUUCUCAGAGGGCAGUACAGGUUAAGAUUAAGCAAAAAACUAAUACUCUUAAUGUCAAUAAGGAGAUAGAGAUGAGUGGAAAUAGGUUGGGGAAUACUUUUCAGUUGUUGAGUGGGGAGCACUCUAGAAAAGAUGAUUUGGUUCUUGUAAACUCUAAUUCAAUAAAAGAAUUGGAUAAGGAAGUGGUUGUAAGGAAACGAAGUAAAAGAGUGUCAUUUCCAUAUUUGGGUGAGAUCCUUAAGGAUCCAGUCGGGGAGUUGAAUAUAGGAUUGAAAGGGAAUCAGAAUGAGGAGGGUAAGAGAUUGUUGGUGGGGGUGUUUAAUGUUGAAGGGGUGAGUCUAGCCAAUUUGGGGAUGUGGUUGAGGAAAUAG